AUGUUGCGGUGUAGUAAGUACGAGAGCUCGGAUAGGGUUCGCAUUUACAAGUACGUUGGAGAGCACACUUGUGGUGUUGAACAUGUUAGGAGCCUUCAUAAGCAUGCCUCGUCACAUCUCAUUGCAUCAGUCUUGAUGAAUGACUAUAUUGAAAACAAAGGGCCAUCGACAAAGGAAAUCCAGAGGACGGUUUUCAAGGAGUUUCAUUGUAAACCGAGCUACUGGAAGUGUUGGAAGGCUGGUAUAAUUGCUAAGAAUUGGGUUAGGGGGACAUCGGAGCACGGGUAUGGUUGCUUACUAGCUUAUUCUUACAUGGUUGAGAGUCUAAAUCCAGGUUCUAGAAUUUGCAUCAGUCUUUCGGAUGGCAACAGGUUUUUAUAUUACUUCAUGUCUUACGCAGCUUGCAUUCGAGGAUAUACCCACAUGAGAAAGGUUAUUGCCAUUGAUGACACAUAUUUAUAUGCCAAGUACGAGGGUGUCUUGUCGUCUGCUGUCGCACAGGAUACUGAGAACCAUGUCUAUCCUAUUGCAUUUUGCGUUGUGGAUAAGGAGUGUGAUGAUUCUUGGACCUACUUCUUCCAGCAGCUCAAGUUUAUAAUCGUUGAUGAACUGGACUUGUGCAUCAUCUCUGAUAGACACAAGAGCAUAGCCAAUGGUAUUUCCAGGACAUAUGAGCAUGCUCACCAUGGACUUUGCAUGAAGCAUCUUUCUGAAAACCUCCGAAAGAAUUUCCAAUGUGGAGAUUCUUUUCAUGCAUACUUUAAUGUAGCAAAGGCAUAUGGUUAUGAGGAGUUCGAUGAACAUUUUCAGCAAUUCAAGGAUAAAAGCCCUGAAGCAGCUCAGUGCCUUGAGUUUGAGAUUGGAUUUAAAAAGUGGAGCAGGGCACAUUUUCUAGUCAACAGGUACAAUAUUCUCGCCACAAACAUUGCCGAGUCGCUUAACUCAAUAUUGAGGGAUGAAAGAGAUUACCCCGUGUCUGCUCUAUUCAUUUCCAUUUCUAGGAGGUUUGCUGAAAUAUUCAGGCAGAGGCGUGCAGAUAUCGGCGAUUCAAAUAAUAUAUUUGUGCCUUCGGCUGAAAUAACGUUAAGGGAAAAGAUGACUGAGGGCGAUUCCUUAUUUGUUAGUAAUAUAAAUGGGGAUGCCGACGAGUUCACCGUUAUCGACAGUGGUAGAACUGCCAAAGUCAAUCUACUGAACAAAACAUGUUCUUGUAGAGAGUAUGACUUGGUGAAAUUACCGUGCGCUCACGCCAUGGCAGCCUUGAGAUUGAAGUAUAGAAAUGGAUAUGGUUCAAGCAUCUACAAGUAUUCUUCACUGAUGUAUAAAGUUCAAUCUUACAUCCUUGCAUUUGCUGAAACUAUCAAUGUAGUCCCUCCAGAGUCUGAAUGGGUUAUGCCCGAGGAGUAUGCAAAGAUGUACAUUGCUCCACCUCCUUAUGAGCCCAAACUUGGAAGGAAGAGAAUAAACCGUAUCCCUGGCAUCGCAGAAUCUUUUAAGCCCAAAGGACGUGUAAAAGGGAGGAGAAACAAGUGCUCACUUUGCAAGGAAAGCGGGCACAAGAGAACAACGUGCUGA